AUGCACGCCAUAUUAGCGAUUUCAAGUGCUUAUGAGCGCUAUCUUACAUCGCCACCCAAUGUUCCCUCACAUCGGACACUCUCUGAAUUAUCCAACUUUUCCCAGUCUACUACCCUUCUCAGCGAGCAUCUGCAAAAUUUAGAUGUACCUCAUGCCAAGGAUGCUAUCUGGGCCUGCGCAGCACUCUACGGAGCCCUCACGUUUGUCGCAGUGGAGGCCACACAUCCUGAAGAAGCAUGGCCACUCAAAGAUUCCGCUAGCGACCUAGACUGGAUCCCAAUGGUUGAUACGAAAUGGGUGCUCUGGAAACUUAUGGACCCGAUGCGGCCAGAUAGCAUAUUUCGGUGUUUAGCCGACACAUAUGCUGAUUUGCGUAUUGAUGCGCCGCCACAAGGCAUCCGUGGCGUUUAUCCAUCUUUGGCCCGUCUGUGUGAAUUAGAUGCGCAGUCUACCGCUGAGAGCAACCCAUAUUUCCUGAUGGUUCACUCUAUCUCUCAACUUAAUGGCUCGCCGGAAAGUCAAGCCAUGGAGGAAACGCUGGGCCUGGAGGAAACGCUGGGCUUGGACGAAUCGCUGGGUUCUGGAUUUGACAACAUUCGUGCCGCUCUCAUGUCACCGACAAGUUUCUCGGCGCAAAUCGAUCUCUCGCCGGUGUCUGUUCGGGCAGUGACCAGCCUAAGAAGACCAUCUUUCUUAAGUCUGGCGGGAGUAGGAGGCCCAUUCAAUCCGCCAUUCUUGGGGACGUUAUACAGUCCAAAUAAUAUUCUUGGUCAGACUGGCCCUGUUCCUGUAUAUUCAACCGAAAGCAAUCAUCGCCAUCAUAGCCCAUCUUCUAGUGCAGAGACAUAUAUCGACUCACACGAUGCAAGGAUUUCUGAGUCUCAGUCAGGCUCUGAUAUGUCUACGACGGCUUUGACUGAUUUUGCUCAAGAAUUAGCUAGUCGGAUGGAAUAUGACAAAGAUGUUGCAAGCGAGCUACAUGCAAAUGCACGGUACGACGUGGUAGAACAGGUCUUGUCGCCACAAAAUGGAUCCGAUGGUUAUGAAAGCGACCCUGAUGACACUCGCAAGUUUUAUACAGAAUUGCAGUCUUAUGUUGCAAUUGGAGAUGACGAUUAUGACACCGACGACUCCGACUACUUUGACACCGAUAGCGAUUAUGAGCCUUCCAGUACGGGACAGAUGUUGACAUCUAUCAGCCGUUAUGACCAUCGCUUCCAUCGCUACUGGCAUGCAGAGCAAUCAGACUUGGCCGAAAGUCAUAAUGACGCCCCCUUGCAAACUACGCAAGAGCGGAAUUUUACGGUCGAGGAAUUCAUCCAACGCUGGCUACAUGCGUCGCUCUCCAAUAGUCCGCAUAUUCCACCUCGAUUUCCUGGCCCGUCACUGGAAGCCGCGAAUGUCUCUGAGUGGUUGAGACCUGAGAGGAUAAUUCGACCUCAAGCCAUAGACUGUGACGAAUUCUACGAUAUCCAACAGAUUCCGUGGCAAUCAAAGCUUGGUGUACGCCGUGAAGACGCUCGUUUGCUCCGUGAUGCGUGGUACCAUCCUUAUACCAAUCUUGAUUUCUCUAAGUAUAACCACUCCCACACACUGCCAAAGGUAGAACGUUAUUUCAACCCCAAGGCAUUAUAUUCGGACCUGAAAGCUACUAUUGAACAUUUUCAAUUGCGAAAUUUGAUGGCUAUCACGUCGUUCAAUACACUACAAUUUGCACAUGAAUCCAAAUUACUGACAUGGACGCCGGACUACAAGCACGUGAGAUGCAUCAUGGAUCUUUCUCGCCCACCGAUUGAAACGGGCUUUCAAGGUGCAGUGAAAAUUUCAACAAUGCAAGCAAAACAUGGAAUUUCUGUUGCGGGUGGCUUUGGUGGCGAGUAUUGCAUGCAUGUCAGUGGAAAUCAAGCCGACAACACUUAUGGUUUUGUUACACAUGAUGCAAACGGGAUCACCAACAAUAUCGACGUAGUCCAAAGUCGAACAGGGACGUCUCCGAUCGUCGUUUUUGCUUCUAAUGACCAGCACAUUCGAAUCCUCAAUUGUGCGAAUAAUCAAUUCAUAGCUGAUCACGAACUGCCAAUUCCCGUCAACUGCUCAGAAACGUCAACUGACGGUCGAAUGCGGAUCGUUGUCGGUGACUCAACCGAAGCAUUUGUCCUUGAAGCUGAUACUGGUCGAACGCUUCAGCAACUUUCCGGACAUCGCGACUUUGGUUUCGCGUGUGCCUGGUCUCCGGAUAUGCUUCACAUAGCGACGAGUAAUCAGGACAGAACAGUAAAUAUUUGGGAUGUGCGUAUGUGGCGGCUUCUACAGACUAUGAAUUCUGACCGCGCCUGUUACCGCUCUUUGCGGUUUUCGCCUGUUGGUGGUGGACCGCGCACGCUUUUGAUGUGCGAACCGGCAGAUCGCAUAUCUAUCGUCAACGCUACAACAUACGAAACCAGACAAAUGCAUGACUUUUUUGGCGAAAUUGGUGGUGCAGAUUAUACGUCGGAUGGUCAAUCUAUCUGGGUUGCCAAUACGGAUGAACUGUUCGGUGGAUUCAUGAGAUUUGAUCGCAUGCAGUACUCUCAAAAGUAUUCGUCUUCAGGGUCGUCAUCAAGGAGUCAUGAAAUAGGUCUGUUUGAUGAAGAUGAGAAAACGAAAUAUGCGCCGGGAUGGUACUCGAAUCUGCCACACGAAUGGAUUGAUGAGGCCGGGCUGAACAAUGAUCCCAGAUCUGUCAUCGGCCAACGUGAAGCGGAUCUUCGAAGCUUCAAUGGGCUGAGUGAUGAAGCUAGAGAUUCUUUACUACUAUGA